CUGCUCUCCAGCAUCUCUACCAGACCUACCUGAUCCUCCACCAUCUCCUCCUCACCUUGUCCUCCACAGCUCUCCGCCACCAUGGCCCUCUGGUUCCAAGCUGUGUCUGUGCUGGUGCUGCUGGCUGUGUGCCCCCCCAGCUCUCAGGCUGCAACGUCCCCUCAACACCUGUGUGGAUCCCACCUGGUGGAUGCCCUUUACCUGGUCUGUGGAGAGAAGGGAUUCUUCUACAACCCCAAGAGAGACGUGGACCCCCUCCUAGGGUUCCUAUCCCCCAAGGCAGCAGAGGGAGAGAAUGAAGUGGCAGAGUUUGCCUUCAAGGACCAGAUGGAGAUGAUGGUGAAGAGAGGUAUCGUGGAGCAGUGCUGCCACAAACCCUGCAACAUCUUCGAUCUGCAGAAUUACUGCAACUGAGGCCUGGCUGUGUGACACUGAGCCUAACCCUGCUGUCUCCAGACCCUGGCCUUCCUCUCCCCAGAUCUCCCAGUCUCCAGACAUGUGACGGAAACUCUGCUCGCAGUGCACAUGGGAACUGAACAUGCUGAGACUAAUUAUAUUUUUCUUAGAAAAUAAAGUUCUAUGAAAUGAA